AUGGCAGCGACGGCCUCCUCUUCCGCGGCGGCGUACCUCGCCGGGCCCUUUCCCACCGGCCGCGCCCUCACCGAGCACGAUGUCACUCCCUCUGUCUCCCCCACCCCCUCGGAAGAAAACGCACCCCCCACGCACCUCUACACCGACCUGCCCCCUCACCUCAUGCAAGCCGACAACACGCCCGACUAUCUCCGUCUCAUCCUCAACGCCGACGUCUACGAUCUCGUCAAACAAACCCCCUUGCAACCGGGUGUCAACCUCUCCACCAAACUCGGCUGUCAAGUCCUUCUCAAGCGAGAGGACCUCCAGCCCGUGUUCAGCUUCAAGCUGCGUGGUGCGUUCAACAUGAUGCAGCAGCUCGAUUCCGAACAGAAAUGGAAGGGUGUCAUCGCGUGUUCUGCGGGGAAUCACGCGCAGGGGGUGGCGAUGGCGGGUGCGCACCUCAGCAUCCCGUGCACCAUCGUCAUGCCCAAGGGCACACCCGAGAUCAAGACGGCCAAUGUCAAGAGGAUGGGUGCCAAAGUCGUUUUGUUCGGCCAAGACUUUGAUGAGGCGAAAGCCGAAUGCACGAGGCUAUCCCAGGCGUACGGGUUGACCAUCAUUCCACCAUUCGACCACCCGCGCGUCAUCGCAGGACAGGGGACGAUCGGGGUCGAAAUCUGCCGUCAGACCGACAUGUCGACGGUCGACGCCAUCUUUUGCUGCGUCGGCGGCGGUGGGCUGCUCGCUGGCGUCGCGGCGUACAUCAAACGCAUUGCCCCUCCGCACGUCAAAGUCAUCGGCGUCGAGACCUUCGAUGCGGACGCCCUAGCGCAAUCGCUGGAAGCCGGGCAUCGAGUGCUUCUCAACGAAGUCGGGUUGUUCGCCGACGGCACAGCAGUUCGCAUCGUCGGCGAAGAGUGUUUCCGCAUCUGUCGUCAAACCGUCGAUGGCGUAGUUCGCGUUUCGAACGACGAAAUCUGCGCUGCGAUCAAGGACACUUUCGAAGACACUCGCUCCAUUCCAGAACCCUCCGGUGCCCUCGCCGUUGCUGGGAUGAAACGAUACAUCGCCACGCACAACCUCCAAGGAUCGGGCAAGAAGUUCGUCGCUCUUGUUUCCGGGGCGAAUAUGAACUUUGGUCGUCUGCGCUUUGUAGCCGAACGCGCCGAGUUGGGAGAGAACAAAGAGGCACUGUUGAGCGUCGAAAUCCCCGAAGAACCGGGAGCGUUUCUCAAACUGCACAACCACAUCAACCCGCGUGCGGUGACCGAAUUCAGCUAUCGAUAUGGCGAUAGUAGGAAGGCGCAGAUUCUGCUGUCGUUCAUGUUGAACGGGACCAAAGCGCCCACGGCUGCUGCUGCGUCGACAGGAGCGAUGCCCGUUCCGGAAGGCAUUGCUGAAGGGGCCAACUCGCUCAGCUCGUCCACUGCGUCCAUCAACGAUCCUGUAGCGCUAUCCAACUCCCUCGCGGCAUCCAGCCUGGGGAACGGCUCGGAACUCGAUUCGAUCCUCGCCGCGCUCACCGCGGACGGGAUGACACCCAUCGACCUCUCGGGCGACGAAGUGUCCAAAUCCCACCUGCGCUACCUCGUCGGUGGCAAAACGGCCGUUCCCAACGAGCGAAUCUUUCGGUUCGAAUUCCCCGAACGUCCCGGUGCACUGCGCAAGUUCCUCGUCGGCAUGCAGAGCGGUUGGAACGUCUCCCUCUUCCACUAUCGCAACCACGGCGCGGACGUAGGCAAGAUCUUGCUCGGUAUUCAGGCACCCGAAGCGGACGGGCAGGAGUUUGACAAGUUCCUGAAGGAGUUGGGAUACCAGUAUCACGAGGAGACGGAUAACCCCGUGUUGAGACGCUACCUAGGCCCCACCAGUGCUUAA